AUGUCCGCCUCGAUGGGUCGUGUCUUACUCGCCUACUCCGGAGGUCUUGACACCUCGUGCAUCCUUGCUUGGUUGAUCGAACAAGGCUAUGAGGUCUAUGCAUUCAUGGCCGACGUAGGCCAGGAGGAGGACUUUGAGGCGGCACGCAAGAAGGCACUUGCAGUCGGCGCGAAGAAGUUCUUCCUUGAGGACUUGAAGCGCGAGUUUGUGACGGAACUCAUUUAUCCUGCAGUGCAGGCAAACUGCAUCUAUGAGAACGUCUACCUCCUCGGAACGUCUCUCGCUCGCCCAGUGAUCGCUCGCGGAAUGAUGGCCAUUGCUGACAGGGAGGGCUGCGAUUUCGUCUCGCACGGCUGCACUGGCAAGGGCAACGACCAAGUUCGUUUCGAACUCGCCUUCUACGGCUUGAAGCCCGACAUCAAGGUGAUCGCACCUUGGCGCAUCCCUGAGUUCUACCACCGAUUCGCGGGCCGCCAGGCACUGCUCACCUACGCAGCAGAGAAGAAGAUCCCCGUCCAGCAGACCGCCGCCAAGCCAUGGUCCACCGACGAGAACCUGUUCCACAUCUCCUACGAGGCCGGCAUCCUUGAGGACCCCAACAUCACGCCCCCGGCGGACAUGUGGAAGCUCACCACCGCGCCAGAGAACGCUCCCGACGUGCCCGAGCGCAUCUCGAUCCAAUUCGAGCGCGGCCUCCCAGUCAACGUCACCGUCCCCGCGCAGAAGAAGGAGUACACGGACGCGGUGGAGAUCUUCGUCGCGCUGAACGCGCUCGCGCGCAAGCACGGCGUCGGGCGUAUCGACAUCGUCGAGAACCGCUUCAUCGGCGUCAAGUCGCGCGGGUGCUACGAGUCGCCUGCGGCGACGAUCCUUCGCGCCGCGCACAUGGACAUCGAGGGCCUCACGCUCGACCGCAACGUCCGUGCGCUUCGCGAUCAGUUCGUGACCGUCGAGCUGAGCCGUAUCCUGUACAACGGACACUGGUUCACACCCGAGCGCGAGUUCGUGGUGAGCUCGAUCCCGAGCAGUCAGCGAACCGUGAAUGGCGUCGUCCGCCUCAAGCUGUACAAGGGUAACGUCGUCGUGGAGGGCCGGUCGUCAGAAGAGGGUCUUUAUGAUGAGAAGGAGUCCUCGAUGGAUGAGCUCGGCGGCUUCGAGCCGACCGAUGCGACGGGUUUCAUCCAGAUUGAGUCCAUUCGUAUCAGAAAAUGGGCGCAGGCCAACAUCCGCAAGGGUCAAGCCGGCAUUGAGCCUAAGGAUGUCUACGGCACCCGCGUCUAA